UUCCUCUCCUUCCUCCGCGGUCCUAGCGCUCAGCCACAUGGAGCCGCAGAGAAAGGGGAGAGCCCCUCCUAGACAAAGGAGCCAGCAGAUCGACUUCAGAGGGUCUGGGUACAUGUGUUUUUCCUCCUGCUAAGGAUCAACCAUGCUGAGAGCCAAGUCCAUCUUGGCUGCCUCCACCCUACAGCUUCCCUUCCUCCUCCUUUUCUUGACCAGCGUCUCUCCCUAUUGCCACGUCAGGACAGCCGAUGAAUGCAAUGAGGAAAAGGAAUUUGUGCCUGGCUACAACCUAGCUGGAGGUGGCUUUGACAUCACCACGUUGAAGAAGAAGUCCCAGGUGUUGGAUCUGAGCCGGUGGCGGAAAGCCGAUGGCACUUGCACCAUGUGCAGUAACCCUUUUCUGCAGGAUAAACCUCUUCAGAGGCUUCCUUUAGUGGUCGUUGACUGGACAGCCAAAGUGAGUUGUCAGAGGAAUGUCCACAGUUCUCUAGAAACCUCGGGCAUCGAUACGGUUCACAACGCAGCAUCUGAUGUGAAGAAUGACUGGAAGGUUGGGCUUGAUGUACAGCCGAAACCUGGUCAACAGGUCCAGAUGGAAUUUGCUGGAACUCACUCCGCUUUGGCAGACUUCACCAUGGCGAAGAAUAACAAAGACAAGUACAAUUUUGCAAGGCACGAAGUCUCCUGCUCUUAUUACAGCUUCCGGAUCAGCCAAUACAUCCCCUCCAAUCAUUUCAAGCACUCCCUUCGCAAUCUCCCUGCCAAGUAUCGACCCAACUCCCUCCUGGAAUAUCAGCAGCUCAUCGACACCUACGGGACCCACUUCAUCAACCACCUGCACUUGGGAGGCCGCGUGAGGGAUGUGACAGCCUUGAGCGUCUGUGAGACAGCUUUGGACGGCACGUCGGCUGAUGAAAUCAAUGACUGUCUAAAACUCGAGGCCUCGGCCAACAUUGGUGAAGGCAAAGGGAGCCUCAGUGCAUCCUACAAUGCAUGUGAAGAGCUGAAGAAGAAGAAGUCAUUCAAAGGAAGCUUCCGCGAGACCUACAAAGAGAGACACACCGAUGUGGUUGGAGGGUACCAACACACGGACUUGCUUUUUUCAAACAAUCAGAACUCUGAACAUUAUAAGCAGUGGGAGGAGAGCCUCAAAUCUAUGCCUGCACUCCUUUCUUACUCCUUGAAGCCCAUCCACGAUUUGCUGCCUAAAGGUGACCCAAAGCGGGACAGUUUGCAGCAGGCAGUGAGCGACUACAUCAAUAAAAGGGCCCUAUGGAGGAACUGCACCCAGCCUUGUCCUCCCGGCUCCCAACGCAGCGUCCGAGAUCCCUGCUCCUGCAUAUGUCCCAAUGAUGGCGCCACAAACACCAUGUGCUGCUCCCGGAAGCGAGGCCAGAGCAAGCUAAAGGUGAUGAUCCGGCGUGCUUAUGGCCUCUGGGGAGACUACUUCACAAGUACAGAUGCUUAUGUCAAGGUAUCCUUCCAUGGGAUUAAUAGCCAGACAUCCACUGUGUGGAAUAACAACAACCCGGUAUGGAUGUCUCACUUGGAUCUGGGGAGGGUCCAGAGCAUGGGAGAAACCAGCAAGCUCCGAAUACAAGUCUGGGAUGAAGACAACCGUUAUGAUGAUGAUCUGCUGGGGACGUGCGAUCGAACUCCCACCUCUGGGAAACCUCAUAUCGAGGCGUGUUACUUAAAUCAUGGGCACCUUGAAUUUCAAUAUCAUUUGGAAUGUGGCCCUUUCUUAGGAGGGCCCUAUUGCAUGGAUUAUGUCCCUCAGCAGCCACACAAGGCUGCUUUGUUACAACGUGGAGCAAAGUGAACCCUGUGAUAGAAAGAGGUUGCUCCAGGGGGUAAAAGGCUACAGGUGGUCCUCAACUUAAGACCACAACUGAGCCCCAAAAUUCCCAUUCCUGAGUAGUUAAGUGAGUUUUGCUUCUUAGAGGUCCUUUCUUGUCGCAGUUGUUAAGCAAAUUGCUGCA